CUAAUCGAUACUUUAAGUGUCGCUAAUAUAAUCAGUACAGAGGUAAAUACACUUUUAUUACAAGAAGUAAAAGAUUGCAUGGUUCCUAUUAAGAAACUUUAUGAAGUAACACGAAUUAUUUUUAACGAAGGUGACGAAAUGACUAAGGAAGAAAAAGAAAUUGGUAAAUAUAAUAGAAUAUCCGUUUAUAAUUGAUUUUUUAAUAGAGUA